CCACAAAACCCAAACACCGCACAGCUGCUAGCUAAAGGAGCAUAGUAAAGAAAGAGGCGCAGGCCUUGCGUUUGUGACAUUAUUCUGUCACAGUUGUUGUUUAGGUGUCACCGGAGCUUAGCUGUUUCGUGUUAGUCUCUGGUUUUGGUAUGUGUUGUUACUGAAGUCAGCCGGGAUUGUCUCAUGGUUUUACUGGAAACUGUCAAAAAGUAGAGCAAAGAGGUUGGUUUGAUGUGCGUGACAUCAAGACAAGAGGCACCAUGAGUGCGGAGAUGGAUGCACUGACGGUGGUGAACCAGCUGCGAGAUCUUGCUGCUGAUCCCCUGAACCGAAGAGCCAUAGUAGAAGACCAAGGCUGUCUGCCAGGUCUCAUCCUUUUUUUGGACCACCCCAACCCACAGGUCGUCUAUUCUGCACUAUUGGCCGUGCGCUACCUGGCAGAAUGUCGAGCCAACAGGGAGAAGAUGAAGGGCGAGCUUGGCAUGAUGCUGAGUUUGCAGAAUGUCAUGCAGAAGAGUACAUCACCCGGGGAGACCAAACUGCUGGCCUCUGAGAUCUAUGAGAUUUUGCAGUCAGCCGGUAAAGAAGAGGCGGAGCAGGCCGAGGCAGCAGCUGCCUCCUGCCAGCGUAAAGCCCACUUCUUCCUCGGCUCCAACAACAAGAGGGCCAAAACUGUUGUGCUGCACAUUGAUGGUCUGGAUGACCCUACUCGAAGGAGCCUUUGUGAGGAGGCGUUGCUGAAGAUUCGAGGGGUCAUCAGCUUCACCUUCCAGAUGGCUGUCAAGAGGUGUGUUGUCAGGAUCCGCUCUGACCUUAAAGCUGAGGCGUUGGGCACAGCAAUCAACUCCACCAAAGUAAUGACGGCUCAACAGGUGGUGAAGACAGACGACGGAGGAGAGCGGAUGGUGCCAUUCCAGGAGGACUCGGCGGUGCCCGUGGAGGAGAACACGGACAUCCCAGACUACCUGCCCGAGGAGGAGAGUCCGUCCCAGGAGCCGGACAAGGCCGUCACACGCGUAGGCUCCAUCACAGACGGCAUGGGCUGGCUCAGCACGGCCGCCAACUUCCUGACACGCUCCUUUUACUGGUGACCACUUCCUGUGUUCCCCCUCUCUGCUCCCUGUUUUCCCUACCAUCCAGCUGCAGCCUUGGCCUUGCCCCGGACAAAGCCCUGCCUCACGGCCCUACACUAGUCUAGACUCCCCCUCUGCAAAGCGCACAGAACCCGGCCACGUGUGUGCAACAAGUGCUGGACUGCCAAGUGGAACCUGCAAUAACUAAAACUUGUGUAUAUAUUGAGCUACAAAUCCCACUACUGGCUGUAUGUGCACAACUAUAUAUUAGCUGCAUAUGUAUAUCUCACAAGGCAUAGCCAGAGGACUUUGAAUCAGCCGAAAACCAAAUAACAUUCUGGAAAUGUGUAUCGCUGCGUUGACAGUUGACAUGUGGCAGGCGCAUUUAAUUGCCCCAAGGCUGAUUUUGAAUACGUAGAAAAUUGGGAGUUCCUAUUUUUGUGCAUGAUUUUUGGUUGCUUUCCUCCCGGUGUCUAUUCUCAAUCAUUGUCCUUUUACUAUAUACAUUUUUCAUAUUUUUCAUUCUUUAAUUUCCAAAUUAAGCCGAUUUUAUUUAAUUAUUUUUCCUUCUUACAGUUUUAUUAGCAUGAGUCUUUUGUGCCAAUCUUAUCUGAUGCCUAGACCUGUAAUUAUUGUGUGUGCCUUUUCGACAUUUAUACUUUAAUAUUAUUUUUUCAUAAUUCAUUCAAACAAUUUGAGAGCUCAGAGCAAGUCGGAUGUAAUGUUUGUGCUUUGCAGGCGGCCCUUAGCAGCAACCGCUUUGCCUCCCCCAGCUUUUAGUUCACAGAGGGGCGUCACCUCAGUAGACAUAGUAAACUUAGAUACCAGCAAGAGGCCCGCAGCCUAUUCAGCCACUGGUUCACAUGCAUUAGUUUGCUGCAUUCAAAAAGAAGAACCAAUUAGCUAGUUGGCUGAUUAAUAUAACACCCCUCACUGAGUGUAGUUGUUUCUGUAACAAAUGAGGACUACUCUGAUGGAAAAUCAAAUAUGAGUUCUGUGGUGGCGGCGAAUUGACUGACAGCUCCUCGUGUUAUUUGCACAGACUUUAGGCUACCUCUGCUUUCAGCCGUCUAUCUCACAUCGGCAUCAUAGUCCUCUGUAGUUUUAGUGAAACCCAAGAUCCGCAUGGUGAAGACAAACAUGUUAGCUGCCUGCCUGACAAAUACUUCCCCCGUGUUACCUGAACCCACCCACUGACAUUUGUACAGCAUUGUAGCUUCCCACCUGUUCAGUUUGAGUUUCAGUUUAGCCAGCAGUGUCCUUAAAGCAAAGAUCAUGUUGGUGCACGCUCACACACACACGCACAUACAGAGGACUCACUAAUGCUGUCAUAUGAGCAGUAGUGGUGUACUGGAACAAGGGUGUGGUUAUGUACAUUUUGUAAAUGGUGCCUGAUUCCCUACAAUCUCAGACCUUACAUGUGAAGGAAAAUUUUGUUUUGUUUUUGUUUGUACUGAUUUGCAUUUUUACUGUCACAAAAUGGGAUAAGAGGUUGUAACGGCUAAUGCUAACACUCUGAGUGAGUUUUCUCCUUUUUCUUUAGUCCUUACAACCCCAUGACUCACACCAGGUUUCAUCAUUAUCUCCUCUGACUUGUGUGAGUGUCAUUAGAAAUUAUUAUAUACAAUGCUGACCAGGCGACUUAUAUUGUGCAUAGAUGUCACAGUUGGUUGAGGUCAAACAGAUAGAAGAACGACACAGAGUGACCUGAAUAACCUGAAUUGAUGGUGGCCCUUCUCUGGAAAAGCAAUAAUAUCUUUUGCAUUAAAUGUAGUGAUCAUAGAUCGCCAUCAUCCUUUAAAAAAUAAUGUUUUUGCAUAAAUGGUAUUAGUUAAAAGUUAGCAUCAUCAGUAUUAACAUUUCUUCUUUUUUGGUCCAUUUUUGCACAGAAUUAAUCUCUUAAAUUGCAUUAAUGUAAUUUUUAUUUUUAAUAUUUGGUGUCUCAGCUCAUACUGCAAAGAAAUACUUGAACAUUGUUUCUUAGAACUGUCCUUAUGUGUUGAUCAAAGUGUAAAUUUCCCUUAACUGUUAGAUUAACCACAUCUGUAAGGUUGACAAAAACCCACAAACUCAAAAAGUGACUUCACGUGUAUAGACUUCACGUGUCUGUCAUCAAAUGUAAUAUAAUCUAAUGCAGAUCUUAAAACUGUAGAUUCCCAUACACUGUUAAUGCAAAUGAUGAUAAACUUAAAAUCAAAAA